UGUGAGGAAGAUGUUCGAUAUGUUGCACUGGAGAUAAGAAGAUCUGAUGGAACCUUUGGAGAUAUUUCUGUCGAUCUCAACACAAUUGCUGGAUCUGCUAUUUCACCCACUGGUGAUACCCUGUCUUUCAGUGUGACGCAACUCCUAGACGCAACUGGGGCUAGGAAAUGGUACCAGUUUACACGAAGUGGGCCCACUACCUGUUCCUAGCCGGCAGUGGGAAACUCUGUGCUCUAUGAAUGGAG